CGAUCAUGCACAUCCGCUCGAUCGUGCCUCGGUGGUGCUUUUUGCAACGGGCCGCUGGCUGUCAGGCGCGUGGGUGGCUCAUUGCCGACCCAUUGCGGCGACAUAUAUGCACGCGACGGCAUCAUUACGACUUAGUAGGGUCCGGCCACUGCCCUUCGCAACAUUACACCUAUCGUAGUUGGCAAACAGUGCGAGAUAGUAGCCAAGUAGCAAGUUUAUACGCACAUUUUCACGUAAUUCUUCGGUUCCGAGCGCGCGGUACUCGCGUAGGCGAUCUUAAUCUCGACUUCUCAUGGCAAGAUAACGGAAGCACCGAUCGUGACAUUUUGUAUUAUCGACUUCUGGAAGAGGUGGAGAACGGGGAGAGAAAAGGGCACGACGCACGGCGAACGCGACGGAGCCACCUGAGAUAUACGUUCAAACGUGACGGGGGGACGAUAGGGUGUUGGCCGUGCAGGGACGCUUUCAAGCGCGCGUGCAAACGUUUCGUAACAACGACGCGUUGAAAUUCGUUGGGAGUGCGAAAUCGUACGCACGUCCAUGUAAUGCACGCCUGUACUUCGUCUCUCUCAUUCUUCGUCGAUAAUCGCAACAAAGAGUUUGCUGCGUUUCCUCGUGACGGAGAGUGACAACUUGACGUGACGUUCUCAGUCACACCUGCGCGAAGAAUGGCUGUUCGUAAACAACACGCGUCCAUGGGACGCGUUGCUGUUUGUUGCUAUUUCUAUGUGCUGCUGACGGACAUCGUCGCGUUCGCCCAAGACAGUAACUUGCCUGGUAGCCGAUACUAUAAUCGUGACGGUGUAUAUGUACCGCAAGACGCGUCCGGCUACAGGACCUAUGUAUAUAAGGACAGAAGGUACGGCUAUCAACCUAGUUACCUGGACCCUAUUUACAGAGGAGCUACGAGGGCACCCGAGGAUCGGUAUCUUUACGAUGAGACAACACCAAGGCUUCCAUUACCAGGAAUAUUGGGUGGCUGGCGCGAAGAUCUUCAAGGGAAAGAAAGAGCAGAUUCUAAAAAUUUCAGAGACAGAAACAUAAUUGUGGUUACAAAUUAUGGUCAAGUUCAAGGCUUUAAAGUUCAGUUGUAUGACGACCCAAAUGCAAGGCAUAGGCCUUGGAAUAUGGCAGUGGAAAGAGUCACAAAAAGUGUCAAUGUAUUUUUGGGUAUUCCCUAUGCUAUGCCACCUAUCAAAGAAGGCCGCUUCAAACCUCCCAGACCGCACAGAGGAUGGCAACUUUUACAAGCUGUUGAUUGGGGACCUGCUUGUCCCCAGCCUAGCGAAUAUACUGGUGCUACAAAAGGUGUGCGGGAUGUUGAUGAAGAUUGCUUGUAUUUAAAUAUAUUUACACCUUCUGUUGGUUCUGGAUUAGCAAACAAAUAUGCAGUAAUGUUCUAUAUACACGGUGGCGAGUUCACUCAUGGGGCUAGUAAUUUGUUUCCAGCUCAUAUGCUAGCUGCUUUCUAUAAUGUUGUAGUAGUAUCAAUUAAUUAUCGCCUUGGCGCUCUUGGAUUCUUAAGUACUGGAGAUGAGAAUAGCCCUGGAAAUUAUGGAAUUCUUGAUCAAGCAAUGGCAUUACGAUGGGUAUACGACAAUAUAGCCACUUUCAAUGGAAAUCCUGAUUCUAUAACACUCUUUGGACCAGGUGCUGGAGCAGCGAGUGCAGGAUUAUUAAUGGUUGCGCCUAGAACUCGACAUAUGGUAUCAAAAGUAAUAGCGCAGUCAGGUUCAGCUCUAGCCGAUUGGGCAGUGAUAAUAGAUAAGUACCGAGCACAAAAUACAUCUCGAGUGUAUGCAGAAAUGCUCGGCUGCAGUAUAGAGAGCAGUUGGAAAUUGGUGCAAUGUCUAAAGGACGGACGUAGUUUCCUCGAAUUAGCAAAUUCUGAAUUAAAACCACAUGUUGGGAUGUUUCCAUGGGCACCUGUACUAGAUUUCAACUUUACAAUACCUCAAGAUGAUUGGUACGAGGAUUGGAGGGCAUCUGACUGGCGUUUUUUCGCAGAAACACCGGAAAAGAGUAUUAAAGAUCAUAAAUAUAGAAAGGAUAUAGCUUAUAUGGCUGGUGUCACAACUCAGGAAGCAGCAUUUAUUAUAAAGAAUAAUAUUACAUUAGCGAGAAAUCGAUACAUAAUAAAUUCUGAACUAUUCGAUCAAAAGGUUUGGGAAUUAGUUCUGCAAUAUAAUUACACUCUAAAUCCACAAGGUGUUUAUGAAGCAAUACAAUAUAUGUAUACGUAUUGGCCGGAUCCAACGAAUGUUACGCACAUACGUGAUCAGUAUAUAAAUCUCUUAUCAGACUUCCAUUAUGUUGCACCAUAUGAUAAAAUAGCAAAACUCUUAGUGGAGAGACACGUACCAACCUAUCUGUAUGUUCUAAAUACCUCGAUAGAAGCGCUCAAUUCGCCAGAAUGGGCUAGAGUACCUCAUGAUACAGAACUUUUGUGGCUAACAGGCGCACCAUUUAUGGAUUCUGAAUUUUUCCCACAAAAGUGGAAAUUAAGUCGAGACAUGUGGACCGACAAUGAUCGUAAUAUGAGUCGCUUUUUCAUGGAGGCAUACUCUAAUUUUGCAACAUAUGGAAAUCCGACGCCUUCACAAAUAUUGGGAUUGCAUUUUGAUCUCGCUCGUCAUGGACAAUUACGAUAUCUCAAUAUCAAUACAACAUUCAAUAGCUCUAUUCAAAUAAAUUAUCGUCAAACAGAGAGCGCGUUCUGGUCCAUGUAUUUGCCGACUGUUAUCGGUUAUCUUGUUCCUACAUAUCCUCCUGUUACGGAAUAUUGGUGGGAACCUAAACAGCCGCUGCAAAUCGCAUUUUGGUCAAUGUCAACGGCAUGCUUGCUGCUACUUGUACUCUCUGUGGUGUGCUGUAUGCUUUGGCGUAAUGCCAAAAGACAAUCUGAUCACUACUAUAGCGGAGACAUCUUGAUGGUACGAGAGGAUGAGCAUUCCGAGGGAAUCGAGAAUAUAACACGUGCAUCAAAAGAAAAUAUAUACGAAUAUCGUGAUGUACCAAUAAAGUCCAGAAUACCACGUCAGAACGAAACAAAACUACAAGAACGUUUAGCACAUAACAGAAAAUUUAAUUCUACACCCUCAUUACAUAGCAGUUCUAAUGUCUCAUUGAAAGACAUGAGAUCGGAGGGUUUUGUUACAAGCUCGCCUAAUGGUCAGCCUAAGCUAACGAAAACAAUGAGUCAAUCUACACUGCCGAAAGCUAAAAGUAAGACGCUUUUAGUACAGGGAGUACCACAAACAGCUGUUUAAUAAUUAAGUUACCAUUAUACAAACCGAUAAACGUUUAAUUUAUUUUUUAUAUCUAGAUUUUUAUAAUCGCAUUAUUUUUAUAAGAUCAACUUAUUUAUUCUCACAUACAAUGCCAUAUGAAAUUAAGUUACAAUUUUUAAAGACUAUUUUAUACAGAGUUCUGAAAAUUAUGAGAAAUACAAUGUAAUAAUUUAAUAGGCAUAUGUGAGAUGAAAAUAAUUGAUACUACUUUUAUAAAAAUUUGACAUAUUUAAUAUUCUUUAACUGUUUAUUCUAAAUAAUGUGCAAAAAUCUAUUUGUUAGUAAUUAAUUUACUUUUUAUACAAUUAUAUAUACUUAUUAACAACAUUAUGGGAUAUCUAUACAUAUGAAUGUAUUUGCAAAUCAAAUUAUUAGUGUUACAUCUGUAUUCUGAAUAUAGCGUAACAAAAUGCCAUUUGCAUAUAUGAUUAUUAAGUUAAUAAUUAAUGAAUUUUUAAAAUCCUAGUGCUUAUUGUAAAAUACUAGAAUUUUUAUAAAUUACGCGACUAGAAUAAAAUAUCUAAAAAGUGUUUGUAUCCGUCCAUAAGAACAAGAAUAAUUGUUAUAUACAUGAAAGAACAAUUUAUGUAGGUUUUUU